GUAAAUAUAAGUCUAAUCACAAUCCAACCCACAAACCUCCAAGACGAGCCCAUCCCUCGACAGGAACGGGUUUAUCCGAACCCAAAGCAACGAGAAUAUCGAGGCCAAGAGAAUCGACCACACCACAAUAAUAGUUGGCAGCCGAUCCUGCUUCCCCAUAAAGCCCUUCAGAAAAGGGUAAAGAUGUACAAUCACCCAAAGAGCAAAGAACAGCCGGCCAAAGAGUGGGCCCCACGACUCGUAUCCGUUAUUUAUAGCAUCCGAAAUCCCGACAGCCACCCCAAUAAUAUUAAUGAUCAAAAGAGUCAUGGGAGGGAUCAAAAGGGAAGUCCACUUGAAGAGACCUUGAAUGAGUGCGAAAAAGUGAGACGAGACUCCACCAAUGACCCAAAACUGCUCGUUUCUCCACAAAUCAUCGAUCCCGACUCCACCCCACUGCAUCUCGAGGAUGCUCGUCACAGCAAUCGAUAUGAAGAGGCCCAUGAAAACGAGACUCGCAUAAUUGCUGAUCUGCAUAUGGAAAAAAAAAAUAUUAUGCUAAAUCUUAAAGAUUUAUGUGGGGCUCACCUCAGGGACGAUGAAUUUUCCUGUAAGCAGGCAUACAGCUGGCAAUGUGCAAUAAACGAUCAAUGGGAAAAAUCGCUCGAGGGGCUUCAGGCCACAUCCAUAUCCGUACCAAAUCGGGCAGUGCCUGCUCAAGAAAAUCUCGACUGA